AUGGAGCACCGUCGUCGGUCGAUAAACGAUCGCGAAAUUGAGUUGCAGUUGGAAGCCAUGUUUGGCCUUUCAGAUGGUACAGAUUCAGAAGACAGUUUGGAAGAUUCCGAUACUGAUGACAUUGAACAAUUGCUUUCGCCUAACAACGAUUCCUCUUUUCAACCUUGCAUUGAAACAGACUUUGCAGACUCUUUGUUGACAGCUAGAAGUAGUAGAAGACACGGAAAACAUGGGCCAGAACAGGCAACGGAUGAAUGGGAAGAAGAUGACGACCAUGAGAUUGAAGACGAAAUAGGUACAGAAAGCAACAACAGAAGAGAGAAUAUUCGGAAUGAGACAAGUGAAGGGACAACAGAUUGUGAAAGUGAUAAUGAAGUGGGAGGAGCAGGAAACGUUAGAGUACUGCGUGCUUCAACAUCUAGCGCCACCACUGCACGACCCUUUGAUUCCACAUCAAUCAAUACACGAGAUGCAGAGGUGACUGCAUCCACCGCCUUGGUUUCAGAAGAAUCAGAUUCCGAUGAAGAAGAAAUAGAAUGGAAGAAAGUUGAUUGGACAAAUGAUCCGAACGUGCCUUCCUUCGAUGAAGACGAACUUCAAUCGCAGAACCAUUUUCCGAGUAGAUCUAGAACAAUCGCUUACUUCGAAGUAUUUUUUGAUAAUGAUGUGAUUGAAAACCUACUUGUUCAAUCAAACUUGUUUGCUCGUCAAUCAAAUGUUAGAAAUUUUACUCAAAUUACUAAAGACGAACUCAAAGCAUAUCUUGGAAUGCUAAUACAAAUGGGGAUACACAAACUACCGUCAAUUGAAGAUUACUGGUCUAGCAAUCCAGCAUUAUGUGUCCCUGAGAUUGCUGAAACCAUGACGCUCCAAAGAUUUCAAAAGAUUUCUAGAUGUCUACAUGUAAAUGACAACGAACAGAUGCCCAGAAGAGGUGAAACAGGUUUCGACAAACUUUAUAAAAUUCGCCCACUACUCGAUCAAAUAAACCAGAGGUGUCAAAAUAAUGCCCGAAAUACAAGAUCUCAGUCCAUUGACGAAUCAAUGGUAAAGAUCAAGGGACGCAGUACGCUAAAACAGUAUAUGCCCCUCAAACCUGUCAAGCGCGGUUACAAAAUUUGGGCUAGAGCAGAUAGCAAAACUGGGUAUUUGUUUCACUUCCAAGUCUAUACUGGUAAAGGAGACAAUGUGGAAACUGGUCUAGGAAGUAGUGUGGUAAAAACUCUAGCUCAACCACUUAUCGAUGAAGGUUGCUCAGCUCAUAUUAGCUUUGACAACUUUUUUAGUAGUUAUGACCUUCUUCAAUAUUUAUACGACCAUGGCAUAUACAGUACAGCAACAGCGAGAAAUGACAGAUUGGGAAUGCCUGUUUUAGUAAAGAAACCUACUGGUCUAAGAAAUUGCGGCGAAAUCAUGAAGAGGCAAAAUAAAAAACUGAAACAACUACAAAAAGGGCAGUAUAAGUGGCGAGUUCGGAACAACGUAGGAUUUUCGAUCUGGAAGGACACAAAAUUAGUAACCAUUAUGAGUACAGCCUUUCACCCGAAAGAAGAGGCUACAUGUCAACGUACACAAAAGGAUGAAAGCAAAAGACCUUUUCCCUGUCCACGCUCAGUUGUAGAGUACUCGAAGCGAAUGGGCGGAGUUGAUAAAUUUGAUCAGCAAAAGCCACUUAUGAUGUCGCUCGUCGAAGCAAAAAAUGGUGGAAGCGGUUAUUUUUUUUCUUGUUCGAUGUAG